AUGGAGAGUAAGUGGCCGCUUUUCUACCAGACAUUUCCGACCUUUGCCCCACCCCUCUGGGAUUACCCAGCACAAUGUCCCAGGCACAUCGCUGACCUCCUCUCAGAACAAGCACGAUCGCAAACAUCGUACGAGCGACCCAUACCCCAAAACCGCGACUCCUUCACCACGCGCCGUGACCGCCGCAACAGCACCUGGGAACGCGGCCACCGCCGCCAGCGCAGCCCAAACAUCGAAUGGCACGAGAAAUGGACAAAAGACAGCUGGCAGAACGGCCGCGUGCUGCUCAUCGACUACGUCGACAAGUCCCACACGUCCCAAGGCCGGCGCAAAAUUGUAGCCCAGGAAUUUAACAAUGUCGAAGGACUCAGGAAGUUCUACCAGAACGAGGAGCUGUCCGGGCAAGCGGCGCUGAGAGUCAUUCAUGUGCAGAAUGCGAGUUGGGCGACGAGAUUUCUACUGAGGAAGUUCAAUAUUGAUGCGAGCGAUGACUUGGUGGGUACGAGCUUUGGGCGAUGGGCGAGAUAUGAGAGGCCCCAGCGUAGGGCGAACAAGCCGGUGCUGAAUGGGAAGACGUUUCGGGCGCAGAGGGAUCCGUGGAGAGGAAUUAGUCGGACGAGCUUUGGGUGCGAUUAUUUGAGGCAUUAUUCUGCGAACCAAGUUGCGGAUUCAGAUUCUGUGAGGUCGACCAAGAUGAUGGCGUUGAACCAUUAUGAUGAGUAUGACCUACCCACACAUACGUACGACGUGCAUGUGCAGCGCUUGAGUGUAUAUGUGCAAUACAGCUACGAUGAGCCUGGGGGGGAUGUUGAUCCGGACAUCAGCAAUCCGUACGACGACGAUGAGUACCAGUACCAUGAAAACCUCAAAAGACAGUACCAUGCAGACGACUACAUACCCAAGCUGAAGACGUUGGACAACGGAAACACGAUCAUCCUGUUCGAGCAUUCGCAGACCGGAUCCGUGGAAGAUACCCUAGUCGGGGCGCGACAGGAGAUAGAGAUGAAAUGGCGAAGGCUAACAUUCUACAUGCCGAAAACCGACACCGAGGAUGAUGGAUUGAUGGUGACGAAAUGUAUGGACUUCAUACUCCGUGACAUAUUUAGGGCAUUGUCGCAGAAUUGGGAGAAAUACAGUAACCUUUGCGAAGUCCACACCGGGAUUCUGGAAGACAAGAUCUACGAGAACCCAGCGGACGAGACGAGAGCGCCCGAGCUUUGGAUCAACGCUAGUCUAUGGCUCAAGGUGGAGCGCCUGAUGUAUCUGCACAUCGAUCUAAUCAAAGAGAUGCGAACCUACCUCCACGAGCUCGACAACUCGGACCCUUCAGAAGAUGGACCCUGGCUGGAGUCCUCUGCCGAGGAGAUGGAAAAGCUAACGACGCUCUUCCAAGAAGGCGUCGUCAAGCCCACAGACAAUCUCUCCGACCUCAUGUACAAGAGCGUCGGUAUACGCGAUGCGAGACACUCGCUGCAGCUCGGGCUGAGCAUGUGGCGCCUCUCAUGGAUUACCUUCGUCUUCCUCCCGCUCACCUUCACAACUGGUUUCUUCGGUAUGAACGUCGACACCUUUUCCGAAAACCCGUCGAUUAAGUAUUUCCUGAUAGCCGUCGUCGCGCUUUUUACGGUUGUAAUAGCGCUGUGGUACAUGAUGAAGCACACGCUCUCCUCGCAGCAUCAAGAAACCCUCCGCCGCGGCGUCUACGAACGCCUCUACUACGAGCUCUCCUCCAAACAUCCUACGCUGUGGACACGGCGCGGACCCCGCCACGGCGUCGUCCCAGUAGGUUGGUGGGCAGGCGUAAAGUGGCGCUUUGUAACGCACUGGUUUAACAGCGAGCGUACGGUUCUUGCCACCCGCCCCGACGACCCUGCAGAGCACGAACUCGGCACCUGGUCACGGACGAAAAACUACCUUGCGAGGAGAUGGUUGGCGACGCUGCCGGUUAUGCCGUGCACGGCUGCGGCAAGCGAUCUUGAUGUCUACCUUCGAGCUACGAAGAGGGUGCAGGAUACUCCGACGCUCGGCGAGCUCAUGGAAUCUAUUACACCGGUGAGUAUCGCGGAUGGGCUGCCUACGGCUGCGAGUAAGAUCAAGAGGAGGAGCAUGAGGAGUCUGAGGAGUUUGAGUCCGGCGAGGAGUGCGAGGAGCGAGGGGAAUAGGCCAGGCUCUGUGAGGGGAGGAAGUAGCGAGGAUGGAAGACCUGGUAGUGGGGUUAUGGUUGAGGAGAAGGGGGUGGGGAGUGAGGAUGAGAGGAGCGACGAUGGAAAGAGGAGUGUUCAGGGAAGGCUGGGUGUCCCAUCGUAG